CGCAUAAUUCUGCCGCAAAAUGGGUGUAAAUGAUGCCGUAAACUAUGUCCUCUUCAACAAUCCCGUCUCCAGCACCGUGUGGUCCAUGGCAGCGCAAGGAGCCAGAGCUGCGGGACUGAAACCGAAAGCCGUAACGCAAACGGCGGCAACUCACACCAAAGCGGUGGUCGAACAAGCGCUGCCACCGAUGUGGAAGCUACUGGGCCACAACCGGCACAUCGUGAGACUGGCUGGUCUGAGCGGUGCGGCAGCAGUCAUUCUUGGGGCCUAUGGAGCUCACUACCAUUUCACGCCGAAGGACGAGGACAUACAGGAACGAGACCCGAAGCAGAUAUUCGAAAUGACCAACCGGUAUCACUUCAUCCAUUCGUUGGCCCUUCUGGCUGCCCCCUUUGCACGGCGUCCGUAUCUGACGACGGCACUAAUGGCUUCGGGAAUGACGCUUUUCUGUGGCACAUGCUACUACGUGGCGUUCACCAACGAUCGCAGCGUGGUCCGGCUCACGCCGAUGGGUGGCUUCCUUUUGAUCUUUGGAUGGCUGUCUUUUAUUAUCUAAGCUUACUAACAACAGAGGGGAAAGCAAGAGCAGAGCAUUUUCAACGUGUUUCAUGAUCCACUUUAGUGUACAGUCGCGUUUGAUGUAUGAAUUGAUAAAAUAAAGCGACGCUUACAGCACGA